AUGGAGACACAUCAGUGUGACACCUGUGGGAAGAGCCUUUCCUCAUCCAGUAGCCUCAAGCUGCAUAGCAAGAUCCACACUGGAGAGAAGCCCCACAGCUGUGACCUCUGUGGUAAAUGCUUUAUCCAUGCUGGUAGUUUAAGAGUUCACACCAGAAUCCAUACUGGAGAAAAGCCCUACAGCUGUGACAUCUGUGGUCAAACCUUUAGCCGUACUUCUAGUUUCAAAGUUCACACCAGGAUCCAUACCGGAGAGAAGCCCUACAUCUGUGACCUAUGUGGCAAAAACUUUAGCCAGGCUGACAGUUUAAGAGUUCACACCAGAAUCCAUACUGGAGAAAAGCCCUACAGCUGUGACCUCUGUGGUAAAUCCUUUAGCCAGGUUGGCCAUUUCAGAGUUCAUCGCAAGAGCCACACUGGGGAGAAGCCCUACAGCUGUGACCUUUGUGGUCAAUCCUUCAGCAAACCUUGCAGUUUCAAAAUUCACCGCAUAAGGAGACACACUGGAGAGAAGCCCUACUUCUGUGAAUGCUGCAAUAAGUUAUUCUCUACCUCUACCGAGUUGAAGAGGCACAUGAUGAUCCACACUGGAGAGAAACCCUACAGUUGUGACCUCUGUGGGAAAACCUUUAGCCAGAUUGGCAAUUUCCGAGCUCACAGCAGGGUCCACACUGGAGAGAAGCCCUACAGCUGUGACCUCUGUGAUAAAACCUUUAAACAGAGAGGGGAAUUCACAGUUCACCGCAGAAUCCACACAGGAGAGAAGCCCUACAGCUGUGACCUCUGUGGUAAAACCUUUAGCCAGGCUGGCCAUUUUAGAGUUCACUGUAGGAUCAACCAUGGAGAGAAGCCCUACUACUGCAAUCUCUGUGGUAAAACGUUCAGUCAGCAUAGCCAUUUCAAAGUUCACAGCAGGAUCCACACAGGAGAGAAGCCCUACAGUUGCCCACACUGUGACUAUUCAUGUAAAACAAAUGGCAAUCUGAAGAGUCACCUGCGUAUCCACAAUAAAAACAAACCAAAGCAGUGAUGUCUGGGGCCAAGCUGUCCCAGCAGUCACCACCUGAGAGAACUUCUGUAUGACCCACAGCUGGAAGAACUACUGGCCUACACCUACUGGGACAGCACAUA